AUGUUGCGACCAAAGUUACGUAUUGCUAACGUUGACCUUCCGGAACAAUGCAUAACGGUAUUUGACCUCGAAGAUGAAAAUAAUGGAGAAAUGCAAUCAUCAAAUUUGGAUCAAUUAUUCAGUCCAAUCAUAACUUCCAGGACAUGUUUCUCAACGGCUGGAUUAGCAAUGCUAUUAGCUGUCACUUUGGCAACGUUUGCAUUCGUUGCCUUAGCUCUGAUCUUUGCAUUGCGAAAACGAAGAAUAAUUUUGCAUAAUGAUUUCAUUAAAUAG